GCCAAAGCCACAGCACUAUAUUGGCCACGUGGCUUCAACCACUGGUAUAUGCUGUAUGGGCAGAUACGAUAUAUAGCGAGGUAAAGAUCGCAAAACUCGGCAAAACUAAUAAUGGAAGAAUUGGACAUAGUGAUAGUGGGAGGAGGCAUUGCUGGUCUUGCGACUUCACUUGCUCUGCACAGAAAGGGUAUAAAGAGCAUUGUGCUGGAGAGAUCAGAGUCUGUAAGAUCGGAAGGAGCAGCAUUUGGUAUUCAGACUAAUGGAUGGCUUGCUCUUCAGCAGCUAGGCGUGGCCGCUAAGCUCCGUCUCAAUUCUCUCCCAAUUCAUCAGAUAAGAGAUGUUAUGAUCGAGAAAAAUAUCAAACAAAGAGAAUCAGUCGGACCAGCCUCGCACGGGGAAGUAAGAGGUGUAAUAAGGAAUGAUAUGGUCCGAGCUCUGGCUCAUGCUCUUCCUGUUGGGACUCUCCGCCUCGGAAGCCAAAUUGUGUCGGUUAAGCUGGACGAAGCUACGUCGUUUCCAAUUGUUCACCUCAGAAACGGACAAGAUAUCAAAGCAAAGGUUUUGAUUGGCUGCGAUGGAUCAAAUUCUAUCGUCUCUAAAUUUCUUGGACUAAACCCGACUAAAGCCCUUGGUUCUCGGGCGGUGAGAGGGUUCACAAACUAUCCAAACGGCCAUGUGUUCCAGCAGGAAUUUAUAAGAAUCAAGAUGGACAAUGUCGUAAGCGGACGACUUCCUAUAACUCACAAUCUCGUCUUUUGGUUUGUUGUUAUGCUGAAGUGUCCCCAAGACUCGAACAAUUUAAAAAAUCAAGAGGAUGUGGCAAGAUUGACACUAGCAUCGGUCUGCCAAUUCCCAGAGGAAUGGAAAGAGAUGGUGAAGAAGUGUGAUAUCGACUCCUUAUAUAUCAGCCGUUUAAGGUACCGUUCACCAUGGGACGUUAUGUCCAGUAAGUUCCGACGAGGCACUGUGACAGUGGCUGGAGACAGUAUGCAUCUAAUGGGUCCAUUCAUAGGACAAGGGUGUUCGGCUGCGCUCGAAGACGGUGUUGUUUUGGCUAGGUGCUUGUGGAGCAAGUUAGGUCAAGAUGGAAUGAACAAUGUCUCUUCAAGGAAGCAAAUAGAAGAAGCGAUUGAUGAGUACGUUAGAGAAAGAAGAGGGAGACUCGUGGGGCUCUCGACACAGACAUAUCUUACCGGUAGGUUAAUUGAAGCUUCGUCGCCGGCAACGAAGCUCUUGCUUAUAGUUUUAUUGAUGAUUCUGUUUCGUGACCAUAUUGGUCACACUCGAUAUGAUUGUGGCCGUCUUUAAUGGGAAACAUAAAUCUGACGAACGUACGGUUUAAGUGAGAGAUUGUUUGAGAUGUUUCAUCAUGGGGUUAAUUAUUCAAUCGCGAAUGUAUUUUUUCCUUAUAAAUAUAUACUAGGUAGAUUAUUAA